AGAGUUCUCUAAUCCAAAUUCCAAAAGAAGUCAUCAAUGGCGUCUACAUUAUCUAAGCAGCAGCAGAAACAAGCACUACUCAAAAUAGAAGAAGAAGAAGAAGAAGAAACCUAUAGAUUUCCACCUCUUAGCCCACUUUCUGAAUACAUCAAUAGCUCUGCUCUUUCAAUUCCCAUCAUAGGUGUUUACGAGCUAGAAAUCCCCAUGUCCAAAUCUCAAACCUUUGAUUUCCUCAGAGAUGUCUUCAUACCUAUCCACUCACGCUUCUCCUCCAUUAUUGUGAAAGACAAGAAAGGCAUCCAACGGUGGAAGAGGGUCGAUGUUAUGAUCGAUGAUCACAUCUUCGUCCCAACCUUUUCUACGGCCGGAUUAUCAUCACAAGACUAUGAUGAUCUCUUGGAGGAAUACUUAUCCAAGAUAAUUUUAGAACCGCAACCAAACACUCGGCCUUUAUGGGAUGUUCAUGUCUUCAUGUACCCAACAAGCAACGCCGCAGGGACUCUUAUUUUUAAGAUCAAUCAUGCUAUUGGCGAUGGUUACUCACUCAUGGCUGGUCUCUUUUCUAUCUAUAAGAGAGCUGAUAACCCUUCUCUUCCUCUUACUUUCCCUGAUGUUGCCCCAAGAAUGACAAAAUAUACAAGCAAGUGGAAGAAAGUUAAAGGCCUUGUUUCUAUGUGUAUCAAUACUUUCACAGAUUCAGCUUGGAGUGUGUUGCAGGGAACAAUCAUGGAAGACGGCAAAACCGCAAUUCGAUCGGCGAAUCCUAGAGUUGAAUUCGAGCCCAUUUCAGUUCAAACUGUUGUCUAUUCCCUUGAUGAACUUAAGCGAAUCCAGUCCAACGUUGGAGGAACUGUGAAUGAAGUGAUCACAGGGGUGAUAUCAUAUGCAAUCCAAUUGUACAUGCAAAAGACGGGGAACGUGAGUAAUGGUGAACGAAUGACUGCAUUAGUUGUGAUGAACGCGAGGAUGUUGAAAGGGUUUAAUACAGUGGGAGAUAUGUUAAAAGCUAACAUUUGGGGAAACCAUUUUAGCUUCUUGCAUGUAAUGCUUCCUUCCAAGUUUAAGGAUCUCAAGAAUAUGGAUCCCAUGGACUUUGUUGUUCAAGCUAAGGAUGAGAUGAGAAGGAGGAGGAAUUCCAUGGCUCUUUAUCUCACCAGAAGAAUAUUGGGAGUUUUCAGGAAAAUCGGAGGACCUGAGGCGGCUGCGAGGCAUGUCUAUUCAAUCUGGAAUAACACAAGCGUCACCAUAUCAAGUUUGGUUGGACCAUCACAGAAAAUGGCCAUAGCAAGCCAUCCCAUUAACAACUUCUAUUUCACUUUGGCUGGUGUUCCUCAGAGCUUAGUAUUUACCAUUGUGAGCUAUAUGGGAAAGCUAAGGGUGGUGGUGAGGACGCAGAAAUCGUUCAUCAACUGCCGACUGUUCGUUUCAUGUAUGAAUGAAGCCUAUGAAAACAUCUCUGAAGCAGCUUUUGGAAUGGAUACUCAUCACAAGAUAUCCAACUAACAUGUGUGUUUAUGUCGAAGGAUUAUCCUCUUCUCCUCCCCU